GUUUUUUGAGAGGUAGCAGUGGCGGUAAUGUUAUGGAGUUUUCUCCCCUGCUCAUCAGUGGCAAAUAGGAGAUCCAGGCCUACUGGAAACGCUAGUUUUACCGGCACUUAAAAAUCAGCAUUCAAGUGGUGGUGGUGAAUACAUUACGUUUAGUCCUGCAUGAGAGCCAACGAGCGCAUCGAAACAUGGUGGUUCUCAAAAUUAGAGACCAGCCUGCCCUGCUAAAAGCUAUUUUUAAUGUGGAUCCGGAUGAAGUUCGCUCUCUCAUUUUCAAGAAAGAGGAUGUGAAUGUACAAGACAAUGAGAAAAGGACACCGCUGCAUGCAGCCGCUUACCUUGGAGAUGCUGAGAUUAUAGAGCUCUUAAUUUUAUCAGGGGCAAGGGUGAAUGCCAAAGACAACAAAUGGCUGACUCCUCUGCACCGCGCCGUGGCGUCCUGCAGUGAGGAAGCGGUGCAGGUUUUGUUGAAGCACUCUGCUGAUGUGAAUGCUCGAGAUAAGAACUGGCAGACUCCUCUACAUGUGGCGGCUGCUAACAAGGCGGUUCGCUGUGCUGAGGCGCUGGUGCCACUGCUCAGCAAUGUUAAUGUAUCAGAUCGGGCUGGACGCACAGCUCUGCACCACGCUGCCUUCAGCGGCCACCUGGAGAUGGUGAGGUUACUGCUAUCCAGGGGAGCAAACAUUAAUGCGUUUGAUAAGAAGGACCGAAGGGCGAUCCAUUGGGCGGCAUACAUGGGUCACAUGGAGGUGGUGAAACUGCUGGUGUCUCACGGCGCUGAACUGCCGUGCAAGGAUAAGAAAGCUUACACACCUCUCCAUGCUGCAGCCUCCAGUGGGAUGAUCAGUGUAGUAAAGUAUCUGCUCGACAUGGGAGUCGAUAUGAAUGAGCCAAACGCAUAUGGAAACACACCACUGCAUGUGGCUUGCUACAAUGGUCAGGACGUGGUGGUGAACGAGUUGAUCGAGUGUGGCGCCAAUGUGAACCAGGUUAAUGAGAAAGGCUUUGCACCCCUGCACUUCACCGCCGCCUCACGACAUGGAGCACUUUGCCUUGAGCUGCUCGUUGGCAAUGGUGCUGAUGUCAAUAUCAAGAGUAAGGAUGGUAAAACUCCCCUACAUAUGACUGCAAUCCACGGGAGGUUCUCAAGAUCUCAGGCCAUUAUUCAAAAUGGUGCUGAGAUAGACUGUGAAGAUAAGAAUGGGAACACUCCUCUACACAUCGCAGCCCGAUACGGACAUGAGCUUCUCAUCAACACACUGAUCACUAACGGAGCUGAUACGGCCAAGAGAGGAGUUCAUGGCAUGUUUCCACUGCAUUUAGCUGCUCUCAGCGGCUUCUCGGACUGCUGCCGUAAGCUGCUGUCUUCUGGCUUUGAUAUAGACACCCCUGAUGACUUUGGAAGGACCUGUUUACAUGCUGCUGCUGCUGGCGGGAACCUUGAGUGUUUGAAUCUUCUCCUCAACACGGGGGCAGAUUUCAACAGAAAGGACAGCUUUGGAAGGACACCUUUGCACUACGCAGCUGCAAACUGCAACUACCAGUGCCUGUUUGCUUUGGUGGGCUCAGGAGCCAACGUCAAUGAGCUUGACAAGAGGGGCUGCACCCCCCUCCAUUAUGCCGCUGCUUCUGACGCCGAUGGAAAGUGCCUGGAAUAUUUGCUGAGGAAUGAUGCUAACCCAGGGAUCCGAGACAAUCAGGGCUACAAUGCAGUGCAUUACGCCUCUGCGUAUGGACACCGUCUGUGUCUGGAGCUGAUUGCGAGUGAAACUCCGUUAGAUGUGUUAAUGGAAACCUCAGGGACAGACAUCCUAAAUGACUCUGAUGUUCGUGCUCCAGUGAGCCCUCUACAUCUGGCUGCAUAUCAUGGACAUCACCAGGCUCUCGAGGUACUGGUUCAGUCUCUGCUGGAUCUGGAUGUGAGAACUGCACAAGGACACACACCGCUGGAUCUGGCCGCCUUCAAAGGCCAUGUUGAAUGUGUGGAUGUGCUCAUCAAUCAAGGGGCCUCCAUCCUAGUGAAGGACUACACGCUUAAACGCACCCCCAUCCAUGCUGCCGCCACAAAUGGUCAUUCUGAAUGUCUCCGUUUGCUCAUUGGAAAUGCUGAUCUGCAGAGUGCAGUGGACAUCCAGGAUGGGAUUGGCCAGACACCUCUGAUGCUGUCAGUGCUCGGCGGACACACAGACUGCGUUUAUUCUCUCAUUAAUAAAGGAGCCAAUGUUGAUGCCAAAGACAAGUGGGGCCGCACUGCUCUACAUAGAGGGGCGGUGACAGGCCACGAGGAGUGUGUGGAGGCUCUGCUGCAGCACAGUGCCAGUUUCAUGGUACGGGACUGUAGAGGCCGCUCCCCCGUUCACCUUGCGUCGGCCUGUGGGCACGUGGGGGUUCUGGGGGGGCUUCUGCAUGCUGCCCAGUCAGUAGAGAGCAUUCCUGUCAUCACUGACAACCAGGGCUACACGCCGCUGCACUGGGCCUGUUACAACGGUCACGACACUUGUGUUGAGGUGUUGCUGGAGCAGGAGCUGUUUCAUAAGACUGAAGGGAACCCCUUUAGCCCCCUUCACUGUGCUGUAAUAAAUGACAAUGAAGGAGCGGUUGAGCUGUUGAUAGAAACACUUAGUCCUGCCAUCGUCAAUGCAAAUGAUUCCAAAAACAGGACUCCUCUUCACGCUGCUGCAUUCACAGAUCAUGUGGAGUGCCUGCAGCUCCUGCUGGGUCACAAUGCACAGGUGAACUGUGUGGAUGCUGGAGGAAAAACCCCGCUGAUGAUGGCCGCUGAGAACGGCCAGACUAAUGCAGUCGAGGUGUUGGUGAGCAGCGCUAAAGCAGAUCUCACGCUACAGGACGCCAACAAAAACACUGCUCUCCAUCUGGCCUGCAGUAAGGGUCAUGAAACCAGUGCCUUGUUGAUCUUGGAGAAGAUCACCGACAGAAACCUCAUCAAUUCCACCAAUGCAGCUUUACAAACGCCCUUGCAUGUGGCUGCCAGGAAUGGCUUGACUGUGGUUGUCCAAGAACUGCUUGCUAAGGGUGCUAGUGUGCUUGCCGUGGAUGAAAAUGGCUACACUCCAGCCCUGGCUUGCGCUCCUAACAAAGACGUGGCCGAUUGCCUGGCGCUCAUCCUGGCCACCAUGAUGCCAGUGUCUCCCGGUGGAGGCUCGGUGCCCACGCUCACAUUCAGUGCCAUCAACCACUACACCAGCCCCACUAAAAGCGUCACCUUCGACAGUCUGCCGAUGCUCCGCUCCGAACACAGCUCCUACUGCAGCUUCAACAGCAUCGGCCGCCACGACGGCUUCUACAAGGACGAGGAGCUCAACGACUCCGACUCUGAGACUUACUGAGGUAAACGAAAGCAGAGGCGCACAUCUUGUCUUAAUUACCCAGCGGCCGGCCACUCCGCCUUAAGAGCCUUAAGAGUCUCUACACACACACACACACACACACAUGUGGCGCAGCAGGCUGGCCUUCCUCAUCCAUCAGCUCAACCUCUGCCAAUGCAUCUUGCCCUAUGUAAAUUUUAGGAAUAGGUGGACGGACCUCCAGACAUGGCAAUAACAAGACAAGGAAUUAGCAGCCUGGGGACCAAUAUUUUUGCACAGGAUGGUUUGACACUGUCGUACUCCAAACACGGAAUUAUAUAUAAUUUUUCAGAUCUUGAGGGAUGAUUUAAAUCAGUCGCUUGCAAAAAAACAAAACAAAACUGGGACAUUUAUGUGCUUUCAAACAGUUUCAAGUCGGUGUGCACUUCUGAUCAGCUAUUGGGGGAAAGAAAUGAUUUAUUUUUUAAACAAACCUGAUUUUAAUACCUGUCUCUGACCCUCUCGAGGGGGGGGACGAAUCGAGUAGUUUCUAAAGCGCAAAGGUGAAAUUUGAGAAUAUGAACAUCAGCGUUCUGUAAUGCUUUCGGCCACAAGCAUGAGUUUAAAACAAAACAAAAAAAAAGCUAACACCUCUCUCCAUCUUCAGUUUUAGGAUAAAUUAUUCUUUUUAUCUAUGGUAUUUAUUUUUACUUUCCGCAUUUCAUCAUCAUUUUGUGCCUUCAUAAAUUACUGUAUGGAGGGAAGGGGCAGCUCGAGAGAACAAAUCCUACGAUGCACAAGAAGUUCAACACUACGUCUGUGAAAAAAAGCACUGAAAAAAGAAAGGCAAACGGCUCCCAGCAUGCUUUGCUCCAGGAUGAGGAACACUGUGUAAAAACCAAUGGUAGAACAGCGUUUGAUCUCUUUGUAUGUUGAUAUAUGAAUAUAAAUAUAUAUUAUAUUUUUUCUGGCUCUUAUUAACAUGAUGUUUUUUGCUCGCUUUGAAUUAGCAAAUGAAACCACUCGACCCUUCUGUGAUGGCCUGUCAGAAAAAAAAAACCCUGUGUUUGUCUCUUUUCAUGCUUUUGAUUUUUGGAAUGAUUGAAACUGGAAAUCUGUUCAGUACAGCUUCCCGUCUGAGAGGGGGGCAGCAGGAAUCUGUUUGCAUUGCUCUUCUUUUAUUUCCUGUCUUUUUUUUGUGGAAAUAAAAGAGAGCGAUUGGUGCAGUUGAUGGCCACUGCUGUCCUUCUACUCGGAACAAGAGAUUCCUGUAUAUUUUAUGGUUGAUUAAAUAAAUAAAUGAGUUCAGUAAUUUGAAA